GGUGGCGUGAGGACCAAAAAUCCCUACUUAAAUCAAGGAAAAUUGGCAAGCAAUCUCUCUGGCCAGCAGCAGCAGGAGUGCUGUUGCGUACUGAGCAAGUGCAAGGUCUCUGCUUUGCAAGCUCGGCUCCACUACUGCCACUCCAAUCCCCCGUGUUUGAAAGAUCUUUGGGGGGAGCUGCAUUGUCAUCAGGCCGCUGCCCAAGCGGCUACCAGUCUAGCCAUUGGAGCUUGUCCCUAGUGGCAAUGGCUCACAAGGUCGCGGCUUUGGUGCUGCUACUACUAGUGUCAGUGGUGGGGCUAGCGGCCCUGGCCUUGGCCGACCAAGAGAGCGACCGGAUCCGGGAGCUCCCGGGCCAGCCGCCCAACGUGGGGUUCUCGCAGUACUCCGGCUACGUCACCGUCAACCCGGCGCGAGGCCGCGCGCUCUUCUACUGGCUCGUGGAGGCGGUGCCGGCGGCCGGACCCAUAGCGCCGCUCGUCCUCUGGCUCAACGGCGGGCCCGGGUGCUCGUCGGUCGGCUAUGGCGCGUCCGAGGAGGUCGGCCCGUUCCGCAUCAGGCCCGACGGCGAGACGCUGUACCUGAAUCCCAAUUCUUGGAACAAGGCGGCCAAUUUGCUCUUCUUGGAGUCGCCGGCUGGGGUAGGGUUCUCCUACUCGAACUCGUCGCUGGAUCUGUACACCGCAGGAGAUGCAAAGACAGCACUGGAUGCCUAUGCUUUUCUAGUAAACUGGCUGGAGAGAUUCCCACAGUACAAGUACAGGGAGUUCUACAUUGCUGGAGAAAGUUACGCAGGGCAUUAUGUUCCCCAAUUAGCUCACCUCAUAUAUGAAAAGAACAAGGGCAUUCAGAGUCCUACAAUUAAUUUCAAAGGAUUCAUGGUGGGGAAUGCGGUGACCGAUGACUACCAUGACUAUCUUGGUACAUUUGAGUAUUGGUGGACUCAUGGUCUGAUCUCUGACAAAACUUAUCACAACUUGAAAACGACAUGCUUGCUUGAUUCUUCACAGCACCCUUCUCCUGAAUGUGUCAAGAACCUGAAUCUAGCCAGUGCUGAAGAAGGCAAUAUCGAUCCUUAUAGUCUGUAUACAAAGCCAUGCAAUGACACAGCCUCUCUCAAACUUGGCUUGGGAGGAUGCUAUCCUUGGUUGUCCAGAGCCUAUGAUCCUUGCACUGAGAGAUAUGCAAAUAUUUACUACAAUCGGCCAGAAGUGCAGAUGGCAUUACAUGCUAAUACUACUGGAAUUCACUACCCUUGGAAAACAUGCAGCGAUAUUGUCGGAUCCUAUUGGGCAGAUUCCCCUAAAUCUAUGCUUCCAAUCUACCGAGAAUUGAUCGCAGCUGGUAUCAGGAUAUGGGUUUUCAGUGGGGAUACAGAUGCUGUAGUUCCUGUAACUGCAACAAGAUACUCGAUUGAUUCCCUCAAGCUUCCAACACUAGUCAAUUGGUUCCCUUGGUAUGACCAUGGAAAGGUUGGAGGUUGGAGUCAAGUAUAUAAAGGACUAACUCUCGUAACCAUAGCAGGUGCAGGACAUGAAGUACCUCUGCACCGGCCUCGACAAGCUUUGAUAAUGUUCAGGCACUUCUUGCAGAAUACACCAAUGCCAACACAAUAGCUACUUGAAGCAGAAUUUAUAGUGUAAACUAUCAUGAUCAUUUUUAAUGUUUUUAAAAUUCUUUUUUACUUGAUUUGAUUGUUACAACAUAUUAUUCAAUUAUCUCGAUUGAAUGUAUGUAUGUCUUUUAGCAAAUCGGGAUACCUGGCAUUUGUACUGCUGAAGCUAAAGAGCUCCUCUGUAUAUGAUAAUGAUAAUGAUAAUGAUAUUUAGCAGUGCCAUC